CGGCCGUGCCGGCGCAGAGGCGGGCCCCGGGCAGCGCUGAGGGGCGGAGCGGGGCCGGGCCACGCUGGGCGCUGACGCGCUGCGGCCGACUGCGUGCCCGGGGUCCGGCGGAGGCCUUGGCGGAGCUAGGGUGGCAAAACGCAAAGGAACCUCAGGAUGUCUGUAAUUCCACAAGGGACAGCAACACUUCGUAAAGCAAAGAAAAUCACUGUAAAAACGAGUCUUGAUAACCCCUUUGUUUUUCAGUGGAAAACUAUAGAUGGAGAAGAUAUGCAUUUUAUACUACAGACUUUAGAAGAAAGGAUUAAGCAUAUUGGACUUAAAAAGAUUGAGACUCCAAGAAAGAAAAAACAUUCCCUUACAAAAAACCAAAUGGAAAUAAAGUGUGAUGCUAGCACCAAUGAACUCCCGAAAGAAGAGGAAACAGAAGGCCAUCGACAAAAAACAGGAUGGACUGACAUAAGUAUCAGAAGACAGCUUGCUAUUGGAGUUAAUGAAGUUACAAAAGCAUUGGAAAAAAAUGAACUACUUCUCUUGCUGGUGUGCAAGUCUGCGAAACCUGCCAUGAUCACAUCGCAUCUUAUUCAGCUGAGCGCAAGUCGAGCCACACCGGCAGGCCAAGUUCCCCGUCUCAGUGAAACAGUUGCGCCACUUCUUGGCUUAACAUCUGCUUUAGCGCUAGGCUUUAAAAAGCAGUCUGACAAAUUCACUGAAGCAGUAGAAGCAAUAAUUCCGAAGAUACCAGCCUUGGAAGUGCCAUGGUUUCAGUAUAGACCUGAAGAAUCUGUGGCUCAUGCACAUGCAGAUUCUUCAGAAAGUCAGGAACCUGAGCAGCUCGCAGAGGCGCUGGGGGAUGAGCUCACAAGCCAGAAGCGGAAGCGUAGGGAAAGCAGUCAGUUCGAUCUUUCAAAUGUAAUUUUGCAGCCUUUGAAAAUCAAGAAACUUGUUCCAAAUCCAAAUAAGAUAAAGAAACCACCUCGCAAAAAGAAAAAAGCUUUUUCUGCAUAACUGAUUUUAGUUUGGUUUUUCAUGCUAAACUGACUUUUUAAAUGCAGUAUGGAGUAUAGCUCGAACUGAGCUAUUUUGUUAGGCUUUACAGUGUACAAGGUGAACUUUAUGUUGCAUUCAGUUGAGGUACUUUCUCCUUUAAUAAAAGAAUAUUGCUCAAACUUGGAUGUGAGUCUUUACCUGGGAUAGAAAUUUCAUUUGCAGUUGGAGAUCACAGUUAUAGUUGGUAACGAAUAUGCUGAAAUCAUUUAAGACACAGUAAGUACAUCUUGGGAAUUAACACAAAGCAUUAAACAAACUUUGUAUUUCUAUACAGAUGAACAUGCUUCAAGCAAAAUAGCUUUGAAUUAAGUAUAAUUAUUCAAACAAAUCAAUAGCAAAAGUGAAAGUUUAUUUAAACAAAGGUCCAUGCCAGCAUAACUCUCUUUAAAGCUGGUUCAAGGCUUCUUUCAAGUAAACAGUGGUAACAGCACAGGCGCUUCCCUUUUAAACUUUCAUGGUUUGCUUUGCUGAACAAUAAACUUGUUUUGGUCAAGAAUGUACGCAGACUUGGGUUCCACCUAAUACCUUGACGGCUGCUAUGCUGAAGGAAAAACUAUUUAGAUACAAAACAAACCAAAUUUCUACUGCUACAUUUUGGAAAAAAGACUUCUGUGUGGAAACUAUUAAUGCGCAUCCCAUGAGAAGACGUAACCGAACCUAAACUCAAUUUGAUUUCUAAAUGGGGUCUGAAAUUAUUUCCUAGGUAACUGAGAUAAGCCAUGUACUGUAGUAUAUAAAGUAGAUGACAGUAGAUGACCAUUACAAGACUGAAAACAUACCAUGUAACUUUUGAGUUUCUUUUAGUUUUACUGAGGACUACAAGUAGUUUCCUAAUGAGAGAGUUGCGUUGUAGGAAGGAAAGGGAAUAGUGCUGCAAUUCAGACAACCAAAUCCAACAGCCUAGGAAUUUACUUCGUGCUCUAUAUUUUAAGCAAAAGUCAGUACAGUACUGUAGAAGAAAGCGUAAAAUACUUUAAGGAACAACAGAGUAACUCAGUUAAAGAUGGAAUUUACACAUUGUAGUUUUUAGAAAUUUGCUAAUCCAGACUUCCAGUGCCAUGAGAUGGCUAAUCUGUAUUUUCAGUUUAUUUAGAAGUGACCUUAGUUCAUGAUACCAACUAUGAAGCGAGGCAGUAGCAAUGAUUCUGUAGUUAUGAUGCUCCCUGAAGUUUAAAAAACACUUAAGACAUUUAAUGCCAAAAAUUCUGCCCUCCCUGACUGAGGGUGGCAAGAAGAGGUGAGGGUUUUUUUGCCUUGCUUUGUAGUCCUUCAUGCAUAUCCUUUGCUUUGGCUUUUUGGAUGCAUAAAGCUUUGAAGGCAUGCUAGAACUAGUGUAUUUAAUUCCCAUGCUGGCUAUCUGUAACAUUUAAAUCUUAGCCUUUAAACAGAGCAUGAGGAUUAGCUUUCGGUAAAGAACACAAGCACAGCAAUCACCUUUCAAGCACCUUCCUGCCUGCCCAGGUCUAUAGCUGUCUUCGGGGAUUUGUGUCCCCUCCACAGAUAAGCAGUUACUCUGGGAAAGAAUUUACAGCAGAUGUUUCAAAAGACUGGUGGGAAAGGUGGUGGCGUAAGCCUGAAGUUUGCCGAUCUUCGUGAAACCAUUUAUUAGGUUUAUGAGGAGUCUUACCUGGUAGCUGCUCAUAGCUCAAACCACAACAAAGCCUAUUGCACAGACAGGUUCAACUCAGGAAACAACAGAGGAGCCUCUCCUGUUAAGCUGCUGACAGUGGCACACACAGAGAUAAUACCCUUUUGUUAAGUACCUGUUUAGGAAGCGACAAACUGUCCUAUUGCAUGGGUGGAGGCUGGGACACCUUCGAGAUUCACAUCUUCUUGAAGCUGUAAUACUUCAGCGAAGUACUUGAGGUGAAGAGCACAGCUAGCCAGAAGGUUUCAGCACUCAAGAGAAGAGACUGUGUUGGAUUACACGGCUGUUAGGCAACACACAUGGGCUCAAGAACAGAACUUUCCAGGAACUGCCCCAACACUCGGGCUCAGAUGCCCGCUUCCCUCAUGCUCUCUGUCCUGGUAAGUUUUCUGUCUCAGGUACAGUGUGCACAGCUUCUACAGGAAGCCACUCUGCCCUUUUUCCCCUCAGUUAACAUGCAGCAUGAUCCAGAAAACAAGACAGAGAUGUUUACCCCUCAGAUUCAGAAGCAAAUGGCACUGUUUCCCCAGUACGAGAGUGGCCACACUUGUCCCUUCAUGCGCAAUUACCCCAAGAUUAGAGCAGAAAGCCAGGCUGCAGGAAAUCCAUGUUCAAGUCUGUCUUCUGCCUAGUCUAUUUGGUCCCAUUGUGGCCUCAACGCUUUUCCAAACAAUAGUACUGGAGGAUUUGCCUUCUGAUUUUGGAGAAGGGAGGAGAAAAGAAAAUGCCUGCCCACCAUUUCUUCCACUUGCAUUUUUGUGAGGGGAGGGAAGGCAGAGAACAUGAGCCCAUCAUUCACCUAGCAUUCAAGGCCACCCAUCUGGAUUACGGAGAGCUGGGCCGUGAUCAUUUCUUAGCAAAGAGGUACCUUAGCCAUGAGGACAGAGCUAGGUCCUGCUGUCCCACCUCAUGUUAGGCAGCAGCUGGGUAAGGACUGAUGACGCUCUGCCUUUAGAGCCAAAGCAGAACACAAUGAGCCCCUUGGUCAACUUCCUCAUCCCAGGGGGCUCCAACACAAAUGCCCAACCAUGAAGGCAGCUUUCUGCCUUUUGGGAGUUAAGAAUUUAAGUCUUUGAUGGAAUUGAAAUUAAAUCCUUCUUGUUAUCUCAGGUUAUCACUACCAUCGAUUACAUUUUCAGGCCUCGCACGGGGAGUGAAAGGUCCCUUGGCACCAUCUCCUAUGACCGCAAUGAGCAGACAGGUCUCAGAGUGGCCAAAGUUGUAAAGCCCAACUCCACCAUUAGAUGUCUGCAAGAUCUCCUUUGAAGCCUUUUUAAAUUCAUGAGGUCCCAAGCUGGUGCAGACCCAAGGGUCAGACAAACCACAUUCAAUCCCUUCCUUUGUCUGAAGGAGGUCGAUCGAAUGCUUUAAUCACAGAGCUAUAAGGCAAUAAAGGAAAGUAUUUACCACUGUCUCUUGGGCAGAAUCCCCUCACCACAAUUCAAAGGAAAAAGAAACCAAACCACAAACCCUUCACACACUGGAGGAGGAGUGGGAAGAAAGAAAAACCCCGCUGCUAUAAGGAGGUGGGUAGGGCUAUCAGUUAUGAAGAACAGACAAAUUUAUCUUCAUCUAAAUUGAUGUUUUCAGGUACAGAAUUCAACUUUCAGCAAAAUCUGCUGUCAAAAUUACAGGCAUGUUUAGAAGGAAAGUU